CAAAGAAUAACUUUAUCAUUUAAAUCGUCAUUAUUUUUACAUGAUGAAAGACAGUCAAGCGCAGAUGGCGGCUAUUCAAGUAGCUAUUCGUAUUAGGCCUUUGACAGAACGAGAUCGAGCACAACCACGAUAUGCUGGCGAUGUCUUACGAGCUCAAGAAAAGCAUGUUCAGAUUGUGUCUCAAAAUAAAUACUUUACUUAUGAUCAUGUGUUUGGCAAUGACACUCAUCAAAAUGAUAUAUUUACUGCUUUAGGUGAGAGGCCAGUGCAAAAGUUUGUGGAAGGUUACAAUGUUACCAUGCUUGCUUAUGGUCAAACAUCUUCAGGAAAGACAUACACAAUGGGUACUGCCCUGCAUACAGGAAAGCCAGAUCCUGAACAGGAAGGUAUUGUGCCUAGAGCCAUGGCUCUUUUAUUCGACUUAUUACACCAACAACAACAACAGAAUGAUAUCAUUACAUCUGCAUCAUCGUCAGUAAACAAUGACAGCGCUUCAAGAAACCAACGUAGUUUACGACCCGUAUCACAGAUACACCACCAAUCUAACCAGAAAUCAACCUAUCGUUAUUCAGUCAAAGUCUCAUUUGUAGAAAUUUACAACGAAGAGCUGAUCGAUCUACUCAACUCUGCACAUCCUUCUGAGAAACCCCCCGUCACAAUUAGAGAGGAUACAAAGGGUCAUAUUUAUUGGACCGGUGUCAAGGAAAUGGUUGUCAACAAUACCAAUGAUGUCCUAUGUUUUCUUCAACAGGGAACAGAGAAUCGUGCGACAGGUUCCACAGAUAUGAAUGAUGUGUCUUCCAGAUCUCAUGCGAUUUUUUCAGUCACCUUAAAACAAGAAAAAUGGGUACCAUCUUCACCUCAGUCAAGUCGAGCAGCAAGUCCGCUACCAAACAAGCAACAACAUUCAAAACAACAGAGACUAUCAACCGCAGGUCGAUCUAAUAGUAACCCUAGUGAGGAUGGCGAUUGGGUGAUCACGAACUCUAAAUUCCAUUUUGUCGAUUUAGCCGGUAGUGAAAGACUUAAAAGAACAGCGGCAGAAGGAGAUCGACGAAAGGAAGGUAUUAAUAUUAAUGCAGGAUUAUUGGCCUUGGGCAAUGUCAUUUCAGCGCUUGGUGAUCCUUCUAAAAAAAGUACACAUGUGCCUUACCGUGAUUCUAAAUUGACGAGACUGCUACAAGACUCAUUGGGUGGUAGUGCAAUGACGUUAAUGAUUGCAUGUGUGAGUCCUGCUGAAUCCAAUUUAUCCGAAACCUUAAACACUUUACAAUAUGCAAAUCGUGCACGAAAUAUUAAGAACAAGAUGGAGAAGAAUGAACUGGAGGAAUGGAUGACGACCGAUAAUCUGGAUCUAUUGAGAAGUACUAUCGCCAAAUUGAAGAACGAGGUCCGUCUUGCGAAGUCAACCACCCCAACAUCAAAAAUGGAGAAUCCAGUAUUUCAUGGCCAACAUGUUAUGAUUGCAGAUCUCCAGCAACAAGUGGAAGAAUUACAAGGCGCGGCGGAAUUUAUAAAAGAACGCAAUGUGAUGGUCGAAAAUGAACUGGUUCGAUUGCACCAGGAACGUAACAACCCGUCAGAGUUUGAUUUUCAACAUUUGGUAGAACCUGUCAUCGAAGAAUAUGAGAAGAGCAUAUCGGGGUUAGAGUCACAGCUGGCUAUGAUUCGUGCUGCACUUAGUCAUUCCGAUCAAGGCUUUGAGGAGCAACAGGCCAAGAUUGAACAGUGUGAAAUUGUGAUAGACAGCCAAGAAAAGACGAUUCAUGAACUACGAAGACGAGUUGGAAAAUUACUAGAGAGGCAACUCAAAGAUGAAACCUACGUGACAGAACUGGAAAAAAAGCUAAUGACCACAGUGGAAGAGACAGUACACGAUAGAGAGAUGUUGAGUGAAUUAAGAGGCAAAAUAUUGAAAUUGAAGGAAGUGGAUGAAAACACAGAGCACUAUAUUCAUGACUUGGAGGCAAGAUUAACCGCCAGCGAAGCGGAACGCACAGCUUUGAAGGAAAAGUUAGAUCAAGUGGUUGAGACAAACAAGGAAGAAACAACAGGGAAUAGCGAAGAGAAACAAAUUGCGGAUAAAGAACUUGUGACCCUUCAUGAAAAGCACGAGUCAUCGGAAAUGGAGAGAAAAAGGCUUCAAGACCAGGUGAAUCAGCUAUUACUUGAAUUAAAAGAUAAGGAUGUAGAGGGGAUACCAACAGUUGAUUCGGUAUCUGCUUCCAUCGAUGAAAAGAAGAGCGAUGAUAAAGCAGAACGUAUCGAAGAGUUAGAGCAAAACCUCGCAAACUUAGAGAGCGAACAUCAAGAAACUUUGAAAGAAUUGGAUGAAGUUUUGCUUAGAUACCAGGAAGCCCUAGAAACUUUAGAUGCGCUUCAAACAAAUCCUAAAAACAACAGUUCAGAUGAAGAG